GAAAGUUCUCUUUCAAUAUGGCUGACGAGGAGAGUGAACAACAUGUGGAGGAUUCAUCUACAAAAAAGAGAAAAACUGCGGUAUCUGGUAAAGAAAAGAAGUCAAAAAAGAUAAAGCUCGAUCUUUCUACAGUGAAGAACAAGCUUCGACGGCAAGAGCUAUAUAAACAGCUAAAACACGAGAAAAACAAGGAAAAGAAAGAUAAACGAAAAAAACAGCGAAAAGAUGAGAACUGGGAAGAGAAAAAACAAAUACCAAAAACCACAGAAAACAUGCGUGUUAAAGAUGAAACAUUGGUUGAUCCAGAGGAUGAAGAAGUUCUGGCAGACGAGCUGACAGAUGAGCUGUCAUCCUAUUUCAAAUGUGAAAGGAUUCCCAAGAUUCUUAUAACUACUAGCAGUAGACCCAAGUGCCAUGAGACAAUGAAAUUUGUUGAAGAUCUCAAACAGACCAUACCCAACUCGGAGUAUCAUGAGAGAAAAGGCAUUGACAUAAAAAAGAUGGUUCCACAAGCAAUAGAAAAGGAGUUCACUGACAUUUUGGUUGUGAACGAAGACCAUAAGAAAGCCAAUGCUUUGUUAGUAUGUCAUCUACCAAAUGGCCCGACAGCGCAUUUCAAGAUAUCAAAUGUGAGAAGAAGACGGUCAAUAAAGAAUCAUGGUAAAGCUACGAGUCACCGGCCUGAACUAGUGCUCAAUAACUUCAACACGAGGCUGGGUCAUUCCGUUGGUAGACUUCUUGCAGCUUUGUUUCCCUAUGACCCUCAAUUUCAAGGCCGAAGAUGUAUAACGUUUCACAACCAGAGAGACUUUAUCUUUUUUCGCCACCAUAGAUAUAUAUUCAAAAACAAAGAGAAAGUUGGAUUGCAAGAGCUUGGUCCGCGUUUUACACUGAAACUUCGCUGGCUUCAGAAAGGAACAUUCGAUACAAAAUAUGGAGAAUACGAAUGGAUACACAAGAGGAGAGAGAUGGACACAAGUCGAAGAAAAUUCUUCCUGUAAAAAAAGUUUCAAGCCUCAAAAGUAAAGUUUAUAAUUGGGCAGUCAUUCCCUCGUACUCUCGAUGGAACCACCAAACACAGAACUGCGUUAUAGACCAUCAAACUCUGCAUUUUGUUUGAAAUUUAUCUUCUUCUCCUGUAUGACCUAGCUAUUUUAUGUAUGUUUUAUGAUAUGGAAUCCUGGUUUUCAACAAUGUUGGUGAUCUAUAUAGGUUUCCGGUGACCGAAACGGAGGAGACUGUUCUCAUUUGCGGAGAGUUUUGUUUCCAACUCUAGAAGGGACAUACUGUUUUAUACUGUUAAAAAGUCAAAAAAUACGUCAACUUUAAAUAAUUUAUGAAAGCGAUAUAAGAUUAAUAAACUGUUCACGAAAAACCAAUCAUACCUUCCUUUUCCUUUUUUUAUAAUGUAUGUAUAAGAGAUUUCUUUUAACUAUUUUAUUUACAUUAUGGAUAAGUUUGAUUUUCUAAAGUUAAGUUUAAUUAGAUAUUGUUUGUAUAUUUUAACAAGCCCUCCUGUAAAUCAGUCCCCAACUGAGGGGCUACCUUGGGUAAAAAAGAUACAAUAGAAAUGAAAAAUGAAAUUCAAUGCCCUAACCUUUGAGCUGUGCCUCCUACGUAGCCAGAAUCACACUUUGACUUUGAAUUUAAAAUGACGUUGUACGAGGAAAGAAAAACAGUUUGAAUUCAAAAUUUAUAAUUAAGAGUCUCGUGCUUUAAGAAUUUGACUACCCUUGUUUCCUAUUAUAAUAUGCUUGUUUCAGGGUAAAAGUCUAUUCUAAGAGGUUUAUUACUUGCAUUCGAGGGAGCGAAAAUAUUUAAAAUUUUAGGCUUACCAAAAUGAAUGAUUUUCUACCAAAUAUUUACUGUCCAAAAACCUGCCAAUUUUACCUCAAUUAAUUAGGAAAUGCUGAAAAAUAAAGUUAAUUGCUAUUUUGGGAAAAUUACAUGCUAAAUUCGAAGAGGUUUGUAACCUGCGACAUCUGAUAAAAAAGAAAGGCUAUUGACUAAGAAACAUCGUUGAUUUUUUCGAAAACUUUUUUAUCUCGAGACACCUUGAUUCUCUUCUAUAUGAUAACAAUGUACUAUGAGUUUACGUUCGAAUUAAAGUCAUUUUUUCGAAGAACUAAGGACUUUUGACAAGGGUCGAUUUUUGAUAAAAGAAUUAAGACUAUAGGAUUAAAAAGUCUUCAAAUUUUUCCUAAUUGUUUUUUCUCUAGACAAAGCUUAGUGAACUUUUUCUAAUCAGAAAAAAACUAUCACCGACUUUAGUUUUAGAAUUUAAAGCGUUUUUUCGAAAAAAUGAGCACCGUUCUCAGGGGUCAUUUUUUGAAAAACAGCAAGGCUAUAGGCUUAGAAAAAUCGUCAAUUUUGUCCGAAAUUUUUUUCCUUUGAAAACAGCUUAGUUCACUUAUAUCAGGUCAGAAUCAGAUAUAAUUGAAUUUAGAUUGGGAAUAAAAGGCAUUUUUUCGAGAAAAUGGGCACCGUUCUGAGGGGUCAAUUUUUGAAAAAAAGUAAGGCUAUAGGCUUAGAAAAAUCAGCAAUUUUGUCCGAAAUUUUUUUCCUUUAAAAACAGCUUAGUUCACUUAUAUAAAGUCAGAAUCAGAUAUAAUUGAAUUUAGAUUUGGAAUAAAAGGCAUUUUUUCGAGAAAAUGGGCACCGUUUUCAGGGGUCAAUUUUCGAAAAAAAGUAAGGCUAUAGGCUUAGCAAAAUCGUCAAUUUUGUCCGAAAUUUUUUUCCUUUAAAAACAGCUUUGUUCACUUAUAUCAGGUCAGAAUCAGAUAUAAUUGAAUUUAGAUUGGGAAUAAAAGGCAUUUUCUCGAGAAAAUGGGCACCGUUCUGAGGGGUCAAUUUUUGAAAAAAAGCAAGGCUAUAGGCUUAGCAAAAUCAUCAAUUUUGUCCAAUUUUUUUUUCCUUUCAAAACAGCUUUGUUCACUUAUAUCAGGUCAGAAUCAGAUAUAAUUGAAUUUAGAUUGGGAAUAAAAGGCAUUUUUUCGAAGAAAUGGGCACCGUUCUCAGGGGUCAAUUUUUGAAAAAAAGUAAGGCUAUAGGCUUAGAAAAAUCUACAAUUUUGUCCGAAAUUUUUUUCCUUUAAAAACAGCUUAGUUCGCUUAUAUAAAGUCAGAAUCAAUUAAAAUUGAAUUUAGAUUUGGAAUAAAAGGCAUUUUUUCGAGAAAAUGGGCACCGUUUUCAGGGGUCAAUUUUCGAAAAAAAGUAAGGCUAUAGGCUUAGCAAAAUCGUCAAUUUUGUCCGAAAUUUUUUUCCUUUAAAAACAGCUUUGUUCACUUAUAUCAGGUCAGAAUCAGAUAUAAUUGAAUUUAGAUUGGGAAUAAAAGGCAUUUUUUCGAAAAAAUGGGCACCGUUCUGAGGGGUCAAUUUUUGAAAAAAAGUAAGGCUAUAGGCUUAGCAAAAUCGUCAAUUUUGUCCGAAAUUUUUUUCCUUUAAAAACAGCUUUGUUCACUUAUAUAAAGUCAGAAUCAAUUAAAAUUGAAUUUAGAUUGG